CCCCCCGUCAACUUCCCCCACGACAACUCAAGAUGACUCACGAGUCCGUUUGGUUCAGCCGCCCCCGCAAGUACGGCAAGGGUUCCCGUGAAUGCCGUGUCUGCACCCACCGCGCUGGUCUGAUCCGCAAGUACGGCAUGAACAUCUGCCGUCAGUGCUUCCGUGAGAAGUCCACCGACAUCGGUUUCGUCAAGGUUCGUUAA